GCCGUGCCUCACCCUCGAGUGGGACGGGGUCCGCAGCCGCCAUGGAGCGCAGGGCGGGAGGCCGGGGCGGCCUGCUGCUGGCCGUGGUCGCUGCCCUGAUGCUGCCCAUGAGGCCCCCAGGCUCCUGGGGGACCCGGAUCAUUGGGGGCCGCGAGGCGAGCCCCCACUCCCGGCCCUACAUGGCGUCCGUGAGCUUCGGGGGACGGCCCCUGUGCGGGGGCUUCCUGGUCCGAGCCCACUGGGUGCUGUCUGCCGCCCACUGCUUUAGGGACAGGGACCCCCAGAAGGGCCUGGUGGUGCUGGGGGCCCACGUCCUGGGUGUCUCGGAGCCCACACAGCAGGUGUUCGGCAUUGCAGCCGCGUUCAGGCACCCCGACUACCAGCCCGAGAGCCACGCCAACGACAUCUGUCUGCUGAGGCUCAACGGCUCUGCCGCGCUGGGCCCUGCAGUGGGGCUGCUGCGGCUGGCCCCGGGGGGUGGCCAGGUUGCCGCCUUUGCACCCUGCCAGGUGGCCGGCUGGGGCUCCGUGUCCGACUUCGAGGAGGCCCCGCCAGGGCUGAUGGAGGCUGAGGUGCAGGUGCUCGACCUGGACGCCUGCAACAGCUCGUGGGGCGGCCACCUGAGAACCGCCAUGCUCUGCACGCGCAGCGGCGACCGGCGGAGGCGCGGCUUCUGUUCGGGGGACUCCGGGGGGCCCCUGGUGUGCAGGAACCGGGCCCACGGCGUGGUCUCCUUCUCGGGGCUCUGGUGUGGCAACCCCAAGACCCCCGACGUGUACACGCAGGUGUCUGCCUUCGUAGCCUGGAUCCGGGACGUGGUCCGGCAGCGAGCCGUCUGAGCAUGCAGACUCGGUUCUGGGCCUGCCCUGCCCCGCGGCCGGGCCAGGUCCUGGGGCCCCAGGGGCUGGUGGGGGUGCGGGGGGGCACCUUGGCACGUGGGAGGCCAGGAACCAAGUAAACUUGCCUGACUCAGCAGCAGCUUGGAGCCAG